GUCCCUCGCCCGUCUCACGUCUCCGCCCCCGGCUCGUGCCUCCACGGAUUCUCGAGACUUCCAGCGCUCUCCGUGGGGCUACUUUUCCUCUAGUCUCGAAAACCGCCCUCAUGGCGGAGGUGAAGGUGAAGGUGCAGCCGCCGGACGCGGAUCCCGUGGAAAUAGAAAACAGAAUUAUAGAGUUAUGCCACCAGUUCCCUCAUGGAAUCACAGAUCAAGUAAUUCAGAAUGAAAUGCCUCACAUAGAAGCCCAGCAACGGGCAGUGGCCAUCAAUAGACUGUUGUCCAUGGGUCAGUUGGAUCUUUUAAGGAGUAAUACAGGCCUUUUAUAUAGAAUAAAAGAUUCUCAGAAUGCUGGUAAAAUGAAGGGGUCCGAUAACCAGGAAAAAUUAGUCUACCAAAUCAUAGAGGAUGCAGGGAACAAAGGAAUAUGGAGUAGAGAUAUUCGGUACAAAAGUAACUUGCCGUUAACAGAAAUCAACAAAAUUCUCAAGAAUUUGGAAAGUAAAAAGCUUAUUAAAGCCGUGAAGUCUGUAGCAGCUUCCAAAAAGAAGGUUUAUAUGCUCUAUAACCUGCAGCCAGACCGAUCUGUGACUGGCGGAGCCUGGUACAGUGACCAGGAUUUCGAAUCUGAAUUUGUUGAGGUGCUUAAUCAACAGUGUUUCAAAUUCCUACAAAGCAAGGCAGAGACGGCAAGAGAAAGUAAACAGAACCCAGUGAUACAGAGAAACAGUUCAUUUGCUUCAUCUCAUGAAGUGUGGAAGUACAUCUGUGAGCUGGGCAUCAGUAAGGUAGAGUUGUCCAUGGAGGACAUUGAAACCAUCUUGAACACACUCAUUUAUGAUGGCAAAGUGGAGAUGACUAUCAUCGCUGCGAAGGAAGGCACUGUUGGCAGCGUAGAUGGACAUAUGAAACUGUACAGGGCAGUCAACCCAAUCCUCCCACCUACAGGCUUGGUCCGGGCACCCUGUGGACUCUGUCCCGUUUUUGAUGACUGCCAUGAAGGCGGUGAGAUUUCACCAUCUAAUUGUAUUUACAUGACAGAGUGGCUCGAAUUUUAAUAGAGAGCUGUGAACUUUAUUUACAUUUGGCAAACUGAACUUCUUGGAGAGCAAAUAAUUCAUGAUGGAGUGUCAAAUUUCUUUGAAAGUAUACUUCACAAUAUUGGAUAUUGACUUACUGCUAUGAAAACAUUUAUUUAUGAAGACGGAACACAAAGCAGGUUAAGUUUAAUAAAGUAAAAUACCUUGACGGUCUGGAAGACAAGGAAAUGGAGCCAGCAAACCUAUGUUGACCAAAUACUGAGAUAAAGGCUGGAGUGAGAAGAUGUUCCCUUGAGUUACUUCAUUGAAAACUCCUUGGGUUUAUUACCUCCAUUUCUGUUUGGUUUUUCUUGGGUUUUGUUGAGAAGAAAUUACAAGUGGUACAGGCAGGAACAGCUGAUGAUGGGAAUGUGUGCCAUCUUAGGGCCUGGGUGGUAGUGUGGGCAUUCUUUUUCCAUGCUAUCUGUUCCUCUUCACCCCAGUAGGACUCUUUCAGAGGAAUGUGUCUCCAUACUGACCUCACUCCCAAAUGCUGUUGUCCAGGACAUAUUUUCACAUCACUGAUAUUCCAUACUAAAGGAAAUAAUCUCACUGUUCCUGUCUUACUAAGGCUGUAACUUUCUCUGUAUGCUUUAUGCUUUAAUUGCAUUAUUUCCUGGAUUUUUUUUCCAGAUUCUUAUUCCAUUCCUGUAGUGUGAUUUUCUCUACCACUAGCACCACAUUCAGAUUUUAUAGUCUAAUCCCUAUAUGGAAUGUGGUAAAUGAGGUGUCACUUUGGAAGGUGACACUAUGAGUGUAGAAUCCUCAUGAAUUGGAAUUAGGGCCUAUAUAGAAGAAGAGAUCCAAAGUGUUCUAUUACCCUACUGUCAUGCAAGAACACGGGAAAAGAAUAAGGAAGCGAGCCUUCAUCAGACCAAGUAAUCUACUAGCACCUGUCCCAGCAUUUAGAAUCAUAAGUCAUUUUCUUGAUAAACCAUCAGUCUACAGUGUUCUGUCAAAGCAGAUAGACUAGAUAGUAUCUAAUCUUUUAACUAAAAUUAAAACUUAAAACUAGAUAGGUGUGGUGAUGCAUUCUUUGAGUCCCGGCACUUGGAAGGCAGAGGUAGACAGAUCUUGGUGAGUCCAAGGUCAGCCUCGUCUACACAGUGAAUUCCAGGACAUCCAGGGCUAUAUAGGGAGAGACCCUGUCUCACAUAUAAAAUUAAAAAAUAGAACAUUGCCCUUCAUUCACUCUCUGAGGAGUGGGAACCAAUCCUCAGCUGGUCCCCUUUUCUCUUAUUCUUCAAAAAACCAAGUGUGUGACAAGUCUAAGCAGACAGCUAUCACUGUGUCCUUGGUCAGUCCCAGCUGCUCAGCACUGGAAAACAUUAGUUGGUGUGCUGUUAUACAGAAGAUAGCCAUAUAUGAAAGAUCUCAGCAGUUGGAGUGCCUUUUUAAAAAAACAAAACAAACAAUCCAAAAAACAGGGCUUCUCUAUGUAGCUCUGGCUGUCCUGGAACU